AUGGCUGAAGCUGAAGAGGAGGACGAUCUUGAGGUUCCCCUCGAGUUCAUCUGUCCCUUAUCCGAUGACAUAAUGCGCGAUCCGGUGAUCAUCGCGUCGGGACUUAGCUACGAGCGCGAUCUGAUCAAGGUAUGGUUCGCAGCAGGCCGGCGCGUCUGCCCGAAAAGCGGCAUGAAACUCGACCACACCGAGUUCUUCCCCAACGUGGCUCUUAAAGCCCUCAUCGCCGAAUGGUGCGAGAAGCACGACCUCGAUCUCGCGCCUCUCCCGGAAGGCCUCGAGGAGGAACUUGCCGCGCAAGUUCGCGCGCAAGACGAGGAACCGUCUCCGACGUCCUCUAGCCGCGGCAGCCCGGGAAGGAGAGGCGGGGGGGGCGCAGGAGGUUACAGGGAUGGCCCGAGACGGGGCCGACCUGGAGAUGACUAUGAUGACGCGGACGAAUCUCAGCCGUAUGUGCAGCGGUCUGCUAGCGCGGGGAGCGGGAGGCGGAGGGGACCGGGGGAUCGAGAUCGGGACGACGAUAGCGGGUCUGAUAGGGGGAGUGGGCGGACUGGAUCUCGUACGCGAGAGGCUUAUAGCGAGGACGAGGACCGGCGGGGCAGGGGGAGUGGCGGGGGAAGGGGGGGCGGCGGAGGUAGUCGGCUGCAGCCGCGGAGUGAGGAGGAGCGGAGAGCGCGCACAGGGCGUGUGGCGGCGCAGCUGUUGUCGCGGCAACGGGGGAGAGGGGGAGGGGGAAGCGCGGGAGGAGGCACCGCGCGGGAACGAGGGAAGGAUGGUUAUAGAGACCGGGAGCGGGAUAGCGAUUCGGAUAGGGACGGGGAAGGACACCGCGAUCGAAACAGGGAUGGGCGGCCUCCUUCGGACCGAGGGGGGAGAGGAGGUGGGAGAGGCGUGGGAAGGGCUGGGCCACGAGUAGCAGGGAGAGGCGAUAGGGAUGUGGGGAGAACGGGGAGAAAAGAGGCAGAGGAGAAACCAGGGGAGAUAGCGGAAGCUUCGGGGAAAGAAGCGGCUGCUGUGGAGGGCACAGGUGAAGCAGCAGCAGCAGCAGCAGUAGCAGGGGAGGGUGCAGCAGGGGAAGGGACAGCAGCAGCAGCAACAGCAGCAGCGGAAGGGGGCGCAGGAGACGCAGAGGGGGGAGCAGGGAAAGCGAAAGGUGAAGGCGCGGACGCAGCGGGCGCAGCGGAGGGGGGCGGAGCGGAAGGGGAAGCAGCGGGUCCGGAAGCAUGGGCGGACAGGAGAACGAUGAGCCUAGACGAGCGGACGAGAGAAGGGCAGGAACCGCCAGGGUCCCCUGCCGGUAGCUCGUCAUUCGAGCGCCAGCUCACCUCCCCUGCCAACCCCUCGGCUGCAGGAGCUAAGGAGGGCAGCGGGUCAAGGCACAGAGGUUCAGGCGCUGCUUCGUCUCCUCUUAGAAAGCCCAGUAGUGGGGCUGGUGCGAGAAACCUGCCGCCCCAGCCUCGGCCAACCAGGGAUAAAACGCGGCUAGGGGGUGCCGGUGGGGCCACGGGCAGUGGGAAGGACAGGACUGGUAGCAGCAGCAUCACGGCUAGUUCGCCUAGGUCUCGCCCGCCACUGUCCUCCCCUUCGUCCACGUCAUCGUCGUCUCCUAGACCGUCCCUCUCGUCCUCGUCUCGAUCGAUGCGGACGAUAGACGACAUGCUAGAUGCGAUCGAUCGCGGCUCGUCGGCUGACCGGGAAGAAGGGAUCAUGCGGCUCCGGUCUGCCCUGAAAGAAAGCUCCGAGGCGCGGCGGCGCGUGGUGAACCGGUCCGACGGGGUUCCAAUUCUGGUAGAUCUUGUGGAGGAUGCAUCCGCGUUAGUAGCAUCUGGGAGUGACGGAGCGAGCAGAGAGAGCCGAAUGGAUGCUCCAGCAGUGCUAGACUGUGCUGUAUCGGUGAUAUUACAGCUGACACAGUCUUACGACGGGGCGCUAGAGGUGGUUGAUGUUGGGGGCGUGGGGGUUCUCGUGGAUUUAGUGGAUGGGAAGUGCAGAAAAAAGGGUGGAGGGAGGGACGGUGGCAGCCCGAAAGGUGAUGGCGACGGUGCUGCGAGCAAGUUUUCGGAGUCGGUGCGUUCGAACGCAGCGGCGGCGCUGUUUGCGAUUGCUACGUGUGACGAUGAUGAUAAGGAGGAUGAGGACGGGAGGCGGAGGAGGAGCAGCAGAUACCGGAACAAGAUUCUCCGAUGUGGCGGCAUCCCUCCGUUGCUCAAGCUGCUUAAGUUAGAAGCGGCGCGGUGCCGGAAAGACGCGGCUCUCGCGCUCUUUGCCCUCUCAGACGACCCGGACUGUGCCGAUGAGAUAAUCCGGGAGGGCGGGGUGAGCGUGCUGGUGGAUUCUCUGUCAGACAAGCGGCCGGGGGUGGAAGAAAAGGCCAUGGCUGUGUUGGCGAAUCUGGUGAAGUCCAAGGAGGGACAGGCAGCUUUGCUAGAGGUGGAGGGGACACUGGUGAUGUUGGAUGUGCUGGAGAGUGAGUCGGAACGUGCGCAGGAAGAGGCGCUGUUUGCGCUGUACCAUCUGGUUACCACCGGAGUGGUUACGCCUGCGUUUUUGCUGAAUGACGGGGCGUUGUUUCCGGUGGCGAAGAUGGCUGCUAAGAAAGGGUCACCGCCCGAAGCUCUGGAGCUGCAUAAGAUUCUCACAGCGGCAAGGAAGAGUGUGGCUACUUGA